GUAAUCACACAUUGACAAACUCACUUAUUACUAAGCCACAUCACCUUCUAGAUUAAAGAGAGACAGACGGUCAAACUUUCUUCUCAGGAAAAUGUUCACAUUUUCCACAAUGCCACUGAACGACAGCUCCACAAACCAAACUUGCGAUGUGUUCAUCUACAAGGAAUCUGCUCGGAUCCUCUUUCCCAUUUUUUACUCCCUGGUUCUUAUCAUCAGCGUUGCUGGCAACAGCCUGGUUCUCUGCAUCAUCUGUCAGAGGAAACAUAAAAUGAACUCCACCACGAUAUAUAUGAUAAACCUGGCCAUCUCUGACACGCUUUUCACAUUGGCUCUGCCCGGCAGGAUCACUUACUACAUCCGUGGCUUCGACUGGCCCUUUGGAGAUUUCUUGUGCAGACUGACGGCCGUGAUCUUCUACAGCAACACCUAUGCUGGCAUCGCCUUCAUGACCUGUAUCAGUGUGGAUCGUUACUUGGCCAUGCUGCACCGUCAGCGAUGUCAGAGAUUGAGGAACACCACGGUGGUAAAAGGUAUCUGUGUUCUGGUAUGGAUGGUGGUUCUCCUUGAAACAUCCCCCAUGCUCUUUCGAAGCAUGACUGAACAAAGACCAGGCCAUUGGACAUGCAUGGAAUUCUCCAAUUUUAUGGAAAAAAAGAUGGCAUAUGGUCUUCUGGUUGCUUGCAUCAUCGGGUUUUGCAUGCCUUUGGCACUCAUUCUGCGCUGCUAUAGCCAGGUCAAUUCCAAGCUAUCCAGGACGGCCAAGGAGAACCCGAUGACAAGCAGGUCAGGAAGCAGCAGCAGGGCCAGAAAUACAAUAUUACUCAUUCUGCUGAGCUUCAUAGUGUGCUUUACUCCUUACCACAUUAACAUCAUGCAGUUUUCAGUCAGAAGACUGUUCACUGAGCCCUCCUGUGAAGAUCUGAAGUCUUUGAAAAUGUCCCUGCAGGUGACUGUUGCCAUGAUGAACUUUAACUGCUGCCUUGACCCUGUUAUUUACUUUUUCGCCAUUAAAACCUACAAGCAGAGAGUGGUGAGCCUUUUUAAGACCUACAUUUCAACUUCUGCAUCAUCUAAGAGCAUGCAGGAGAACAGCAGCAGUAAUACAUGAGUGCUGUUAUUAUUCAUUUGAGGAAGGAUCGGAUGAAGGCAACUGCAAAAGAGAUGCCAACACAUUUGUAAAGAUGUGCCUGGACUGCUGCAGGCUCCAGAAAGAGUUUUUAAACGCUUUUCAUUGAUUUUUUUUAAAGAAAUCUUACCAUUGAUGGUUUAAGUCUGUUUUAUUUGUUUUGGAUUUUUGUCCACAAGUUAAUGUUUAAAAAGAUCACUGACAGUUCUGACACAGAUCACUUUUUUACUUAACAUUGUUGCUUAGUUGUGUAACAUAUUUAACAUAAUUCUUUGAAUCAGAUUCUGAUCGUUUUAUUGGUGCUGAAACAGGGAUGAUACAUUUCAGGGAAAAUCCCAUAUAAGGUCAAAAAGACUAGAAAUCGUCUUACAAUUCUGAGUAAAAAUGCUUACGGAGGUGUGUGACUGACAUUUUGUAAUACUGAGUUUUGCUGUGUAAUAUUAACGUGUAACUUGUUCUAAACAUGUUUAGACUGUGACUUUCACUGGCUGAAUACCAAUUAAAGAUCAUCAGUUU